UUCGAAGUCACUGCCCGCUCUCUGCUGUGUCUCAUUCUAUCUGUUUCGACUUCGGGUCUCUGGUUGAGCAUGGCAAUCUCUUCUCUGCGAUUUCCACUCUCUCCAUUUCUCGUUAAAAGCCCAAGAGAAGCCUCCUUCAAGUUUCUACUAAUACCGAUAUUACCAUCCAGGGUUAGCCUAUUAUGCUCUUCUUGUUUUUGUUCCGUUGAAUCUCCAUCCCCACCGUCCACUUCUCAUACUUUAGAUUACUCAGCUCAGAAAUGGGUACCCUUUCGAAAGAAAAAGGUCGUUUUGCGGGUUGGAUACGUAGGAACUGAAUACAGAGGUCUCCAAAAGCAACAGGAAGAACACUCAUUACCAACUAUUGAAGAAGAAUUGGAACGUGCCAUAUUUAAGGCUGGUGGAAUUCUUGAUAGUAAUUAUGGGAAUCUGCACAAAAUUGCAUGGGCUAGAAGCAGCCGUACUGAUAAAGGGGUUCACUCAUUGGCGACAAUGAUAACAAUGAAGAUGGAGAUACCUGAAAAUGCAUGGAAGGAAGAUCCUAACGGCCUUGCCCUUGCAAAACAUGUUAAUUAUUAUCUUCCUGAUACUAUCAGAAUUUUCAGCAUUUUGCCCUCACAAAAGAGCUUUGAUCCUAGAAGAGAAUGUGACCAACGCAAAUAUUCCUAUCUCCUCCCUGCUGAAAUUAUUGGAAUCAAAAGUCACUUUAGCCAAGCUGAAAUUGAUUUUCACUUAUCAGACUUCAAUGAUAUAUUAAGUGCAUUCGAGGGGGAACAUCCCUUUCAUAAUUACACAGUACGGUCCAAGUACAGGAAACAGUUUCCUGCUUCUAAAACUGGCCAGGUGUUAAAGAGAGCAAGAUCUUCUGGUGAGAGAUCAGCCACUGAAUCUGAGAAAAGUGAUGAAGAAGAAAAUUAUAGGACUGAUGAAGUGAUUUCGUUGGAUCAGAUAGAAUCAACUCAAAAAUCUGUAAAAUCCAGCUUUCUGGAUCAGGAAGGAGAUAUUCUGAAGGACAAACGAGCUAAUGCAAGUAUCCUUGCCAGGUGGCUGCAUGAACCUGAUGAGACAGAUAGAAUAGGUGCAUCCCACUUCAGAAAGAUCUUCUGCUGUUCAUGUGGAAGGUUAGAGAAAUCAAGGGGAUUUGAUUUUGUUGAAAUUUCUAUAUGGGGCGAAUCUUUCAUGUUACAUCAGAUACGCAAAAUGAUCGGGACUGCUGUGGCUGUAAAACGCGGGUUACUCCCCAGAGAUAUUUUAAUAUUAUCACUUGCAAAGUUCUCAAGGAUCGUCCUACCACUCGCGCCACCUGAAGUUUUGAUAUUGAGGGGUAACAGUUUUGUACUGAGGAAAAGACCAGACAAAGGAUCACGACCUGAGAUGCUUACAAUUGUUGAAUCAGAAGAAAUUCUCAAAGUAGUCAAUGAGUUCUAUGCUAAUAUAAUGCUGCCUCAGGUGUCAAAAUUCCUGGACCCUAAUGGCUUUCCUUGGAAGGAAUGGGUUGAAAAUUUGGACGAGUACACAGGUAUUCCAGCCGAACAAUUGGUUGGAGUCAGGAGUGCUUGGAAAGUGUGGAAGGAAAAUUUUCAGAAAAGAAGCAGUCUUGCAUCAGUCAUAAAUGAGUGAAGAAAGGUAAAUCACCUCCUAUGUACUAUUUAUCCAUAUAUUCACCAUAAGCUUUGUUCGUUGACCUGAUGAGGCAAAGCUGUAGACCAGUUGGUACCAGCUCUUUGUUGCCUGUAGAAUGGUGAUUUAUUCUCAGAUGUGCGCUCUGUUGCUCUGUGAUUUGAACAUGGGAGAACUAGGGGAAAACUUUGCCUCUGCUUGUUACCCCUUGAUGGAUGAUCAAAUACUAACACUGUAUUCCCCAAGUUCAGUUAUAAAUUUGAUAGUUUUUGAUUUUUCACAAAAA